AUGGCGGAGCCUCUACUCAGAGGCGAAAGCAGUGGAUUGAGAAACCGUUCGCGAGGGAUAGUCCGCCGCACCGAUGCUAUCACCUACGGUUCCAAUUACGAGAAAGCGGCCGCGCUUAUCGAUCUGGCUGAAGAUGGUGUUGGUAUACCCGAGCAACUUCUGGAUUCAUCAAACUUUCAAAGUUAUUCAAGAUUUUAUUUUAUAUUCACUAAAUUUGAUCUCAUCUGGUCUCUUAGUUAUUUUGCUCUGAUAGUCCUGAAUUUCCUGGAGAAACCUCUAUGGUGUGAAAAGAAUACCAUGCAUUCUUGCAAUGAUAGAGAGUAUUUCUUUUUGGGACAGUUGCCAUAUCUAACUGCCGCACAAUGUAUUAUUUAUGAGGGAAUAGUUCUUGUUUUGCUAAUCAUUCAUACUUUCUGGCCUUUAUCAUAUGAAGGGCCCCAUAUAUAUUGGAAAAGUCCUAUUAAUCUAUUGAAGGCCUUAUGUCUGUUAGUUAUCCUUGCUGAUAUGCUGGUUUAUGCUCUGUAUAUGUCUCCGGUGGCUUUUGAUUUUCUUCCUUUCAGAAUUGCACCUUAUAUAAGGGUUGUUCUUUUUGUUCUGAAUAUUAGGGAGCUACGAGAAACUACUAUCAUCUUGGCUGGAAUGCUUGACACAUACUUAAAUAUCUUGGCUUUGGGGCUUCUGUUUCUUGUUUUUACAAGUUGGGUGGCUUAUGUGAUUUUUGAAGAUACAAUACAGGGGAAAACAGUAUUCACUUCCUAUACUACAACGUUAUAUCAGAUGUUUCUGUUGUUUACCACCGCCAAUAAUCCAGAUGUUUGGGUUCCUGCAUACAAGGCUUCACGUUUGUCUUGCAUUUUCUUCAUUCUGUUUGUGCUGGUGGGAGUCUACUUUGUUACGAACUUGAUCCUUGCCGUUGUUUACGAGAGUUUUAAGAGUGAGCUUGUAAAACAAGUUUUUGAGAUGGAUCGAAUGAGAAGAGCUAUGUUGGAGAGAGCUUUUAAUCUCCUAGAUACAUAUAAUGUUGGAUAUCUCAACAAAGAUCAAAUCAUUAGGCUCUUUGAGGAGGUGAACAAUUAUAGGACUUUGCCAAAAAUCUCCAAGGAAGAAUUUGAGCUGAUAUUUGAGGAGCUGGAUGACACCCAUGAUGUAAAGAUUAACAAGGAUGAAUUUGCUGAUAUUUGCAAUGCGAUUGCUUUAAAAUUCCAGAAGGAAGAUGUGCUUUCUUACUUCGACUAUUUAGUAUUCUACCAUUCACCAACGUCAAAGAGAUUGAAAGCUUUCGUAAGGAGCACCAUUUUUGGAUACAUAGUGACGUUUGUACUCAUAGUGAAUCUGUUUGCCGUAAUUAUUGAGACAACGGUAUGA